AUGCAGUCGCAUGCGAAGACAGCGGGUGUGGCGCAGCUGAAUGACCGACUAAGUGCCUACACGAACAUUAUGUAUAGUAAGCUGUGCGUUCCGUACGAUACACUUCGCAGUCCAAAGAGAAACCACCGUGUCAAUAACAUGCUAAAUGUGCUAGAGCCUGGUAGCUCGGACCGCAUCAAGCUGGAGCUUGGCGCAAUCUUAAAAUUUAUGCUGAUUAUUUUCACUACGAGCAUCAGAAGGCCGACACCAGGGAUGAGAUUGGAAAACGUCCGAUACGUGCGAAGUGUUUUAUCAAGUCGUCGUGUCAUCGCUUUGAUUCUGCUAUCAGUGGCUCUGCCUUACGCGUGGGAGCGAGCCUUUAGAUAUCUACUAUCUGCUCAUCGGACUACCAUAAGAAAUGUUACAUUUUGCGGUGCGCGAUCACGCAACCUUAUGUUGGCAGCGAUGAAAUAUUUUGAGACGUUUGUAAUGACAUGCCAAUUUGCUAACUUACUCGUCUUCUUGCGAAAUGGGACGUAUCGCUCGCUUCCGGAAAGACUUUUAGGGUUUGAAAUGGAGACAAUUAAGUCCUCGACCAUUCCGCGGUCGAUCAACAUUGAGUGCAUGACUCAGAAGCUAGUGUGGGAUGAAAUGAUGGAGGUUGGCAACUUUGUGCUGCCUUUAUUGACAUCGAAUGGCUGUUGUUUGAGCGCAGAUUUGUGUAAAAGUUCAUCUAAUAUCGAUGUACAAGCAUCAAAGUGCUGCCUGUGUGGCAUUUCUCCACCACAAACACCCUACUUUACGUCAUGCAAGCAUAUAUAUUGCUAUUACUGCUUGCAAACUGCUGUAACUAAGGAUAACGAUUUCAACUGUGUAGCGUGCGGGAAUAGGUUCAAUUCUUCGGAGCGAUUGGCAAAUUAG